AUGGCUACUGCAAAUCCACCUUAUCAAUCAUUUCUUUUGGAUGAUGAUGAAGAACAAUCUAUUAGUGGUUUUAAUAAUCCAAAUAAAAGAUCAAGUUUUGAAAACACUAGUUCAACAAUAAAACGACAAUUUCCUGAAAAAACUAAUUCAACAUUAAUUCAACCAUCACAAAAUGUAUCUGAUUUAUAUACUGGAGUUAAUCCAUAUUUAGCAGAUAAUCCAUAUCAACAGCAAUAUCAACCUGUUGAUAAUAAUUAUCCGACAUAUCAUAAUCAUAAUGAACAUGUACAUGUACAUACACAACCAGAAGGUGAACAUUAUCAUCAUCAUCAUCAACAUAUUCAUAAUCAUGGUCAUGAACAUGUACAUGAACAUGAACCUCCACAUCAACACACACAUGUACACGAACAUCAGCAUCAUACACAUGAUCACCAACAUCAUCAACAUACACAUGACCAUCAACAACAUCAACACAUACAUGAUCAUGAUCAUCAACAUGAUCAACAUCAUCAACAUAUACAUACACCUUCCAUUCCACCUCCAUUUCCACCUAUUCAACAACAUCAUAAUGGAAUGAAUUCAUCAGCACUAACUAUUCGUCGACAUAAUACUACUGAUCCACUAUUAUACAGUUUUCCAAAUGUUUUCUCACCAAUACAUACUUUUUCACCAGAUCAUAUGUAUGUACCACCACCAAAUAGUGUGCCUGCACCACCAAAUCUUCAUGUUACUAUAAGACGGAAUCCACCUCCAACUGAGCAUACUCUCAUUCAACCUAUUCUUUAUCCUGUUGCUGUCUACACCAAUGCUCCUCAACCCAUUCAAGAUAAUUCAAAGUCAUAUUCCUCAAAAACAACUCGAACAAAACCGUCAACACCAGUUAGAACCUCACCUAUUCCUCCAGUAAGACCAUCAGGUAGAUCACCACCUCUUGUACUACCACCAGUUCGUCAUCAACCAGGACAACAUUCACCACCGCCACCAACCGGUAGAAGUGCAGUAGGUCGAAAAUCAUCUAUUCGAUUUGACACAUUAGGACAAACAGUACGCAAAGUUAUCAGAGUACCAGCUCGACCAGGCACUAGAGUUCAUAUUCAAGAACCAUCUAAUUCUAAUCGACGAAGAUCAUCCGUUCAUCCUGGUGCUAGCAAACAAGUUGCCUAUCGCGUAGCAACUGGUAAGACAACACGAGAAUUAGAAAAUGAAGAAAUAGAUGAUUCAGGAGCUCCUAUUUUUGUGCAAACACCACGACUUCAAACAGUUACUUAUAGAACUUAG